AUGACGGCUACAGUCCCAUUACUUCUUCCACCAACCGCAAUUCCACGUCCCCCGCCUUGGGAACACGAAUGGACGCCAAAAAGAUACCUGACCGGUCCACAACCCCCGCCGGUUGACGAUGCACGAAUACUCGAACAAGAGAUGGCUACAGCCCGACAGUUAGCAGAUGGAAAGGCUGUCAAGAAAACAAGACCCCGUCGGACGGUGGAUUACAAUGGCGGAAUGGGCAGAUGGGCUCUGUUGCGAAAACACCGCCCAAAUCCAAGCUAUGUACCGUGUAUGAGACCUGCUCCACCGUACAUAAUAGAUCUUCUUCCUCCUGUUGCGUAUCCAAAUAACUCUUCGACCUCACUGUGCACCAAGUUUAUCCAUACGUCCACAAAUAAAAUACGUUGUCCAGUCAACGUCGUGACGGUCCGUUGGACACCGGAAGGAAGGCGUGUAUUGACCGGCUCGACAAGCGGAGAAUUCACACUCUGGAAUGGCUUGACGUUCAACUUUGAGACGAUUCUGCAAGCCCAUGAUUCUGCCAUUCGCGCAUUCCAAUUCACGCAUUCCGGAGCAUAUUUGGCGUCGGCCGACCAGAGCGGAAUUAUAAAGUAUUUUCAGCCCAACAUGAAUAACUUGAAUGCGUGGCAGGGACACCGUGAAGCCAUCCGUGGCCUUAGUUUCAGUCCGAACGAUGGACGGUUUGCGACUGCAAGCGACGACUCUACCAUCCGUAUAUGGUCUUUCGAGGAGAGCAGAGAAGAGCGCGUUCUCACUGGACAUGGGUGGGAUGUAAAAUGUGUCGAGUGGCAUCCGACCAAGGGCCUUCUUGUAUCGGGAAGCAAAGACAACUUAAUAAAGUUCUGGGAUCCUCGCACUGGAACGAUACUCUCAACACUCCAUCAGCACAAGAACACCAUUCAGGCCCUUGCAUGGUCUCCUAACGGUAAUCUCGUCGCCAGCGCGUCUCGUGACCAAACUGUGCGCGUCUUUGAUAUUCGUGCUAUGAAAGAACUUCGGGUCCUUAAAGGCCAUAAAAAAGAAGUGUGUUCUGUCACUUGGCAUCCCAUUCAUCCAAUCCUCGUGUCUGGUGGUUCAGAGGGCGCCGUUCUGCACUGGGACCUCUCAGGCCCUGAGCCAUCCUCCUCAAGCACAUCUCCUUUCUCAUUCACAACACACGGACCGCGUGCGACGCUCUCACAGGCACACGAUUCCAACGUGUGGUGUCUCACCUUCCAUCCACUCGGUCACAUCCUCGUAACGGCCUCCAACGACCACACGACACGAUUCUGGUCGAGGGAACGCCCGGGAGAUGCCACGUCAGUGUUCUCGGGUGGUGGUGAGAAGCCCCCUGAAGUGGUGGAUAUGAGUGGACAGGAAGAAGACGAAGAGGUCAUGGUGCCUGGAUUCAGCUAUGGUGGCGGCACCGGUGCCAGUGGGCUUGGGAACGGUUUCGCUGCCGCUGGAGGUAGUGGGACGGCGAAAUGGUGGGGCAACGACACAGAUGGAGUGGGAUAUUCGACUACGAAUGGUAACCCACCGUUUGGACCCUCGUCAGAUGCCCGUGUGCCGUUUUCGGGUGACGACGGCAUGAACUCGGAUGAUUUUAUACCUGGGCUUGGAGCAGCCGAACACCUUAAUGCAGCAUCUCCCAGCGUGCCAAGUCCUACAGGUGUGGCGAGGCCAGGUGGGGCAUUUCCGGCUCAGGAGGAUACGUGGUCAGGAGCAGGGGGAAGUGGUCGGGGUGAUGAUUCAUGGAGCGGAAGGAGAGGGGGGUAUUAUGGAGGACGUGGGGGCCCUCGCAGGGGAGGCAGGCAUUAACAGUAGACAAAUGUAUCCAUAUCGUCGCAGUUUGCGGGUGGGAUUUCGAACUUGUACUUGCAAAUAUCCCACAAUUUGCAAUGGUCGCCCCAAGGGGUUGAAAGCCAUGAUGAUAAAGAAAACUGGUCCUAGAUGUACAUCCUGCAAGAUGGAUAACUAAUAUCGAUACGAGACUAGACAAUGAGACCAGAGGAAAGGACGUGUAAUAGAAAAAAAAUAGAAAGAGCAAAGAAGCGUGAGGAUGCGGAUCGGUAUGCAUGCACUAUAUAACGUGUGGAGUGCGUGAAAUCGGGAUCAUAUCAUCAGGGUAGGUGGGCCCUGAAGGCAUUACGUCCCAUGGGAACGCUGGGAGCGGGAGUGGGUGGUUUAGUGUCGGGUAAAUGAUGACAUGGAAGAAAAUGAGGAAAAUGAGUCUAUUCGGUCUUCGUCGCCAU